GCCAAAUAGCGGACCCACCCCCAACCUCCAAGCUUCGGUUCUUCCGCCCUCCCUCCCUCUCCCCCCUCUCUUUCAUUCACACCCACGCCGCCGCCUAACUCUUCGGAGCUUCCAAAGACUCCUCCCUUUAUAUACUCUCUUCUCUUCUCUGGCGACUUUCCUACCCUACGGCUCCAGGCUCUUCUCCUCCUUUUUUCGCCCCUCCAUAUCUUCUCCCAUGGCCGCCUCCAUCGCCUUCAACCCCCCCGUCAUCCCGGCGAGAUCCGCCGCCCCAAGGAGGAUUGCACCUCUCCAGACCCUCUCCGCCGCCCCCGGCCUCGCUGCCCGGUCCCUUUGCUUCAAUUCCAGCCUGAGAUCGGAUGGGACCGCUUCCUUCUCUGGUGUGAGAACUCGGGUGGCAGCUGUUGAGCAAGCAAACAUUGAUGAGGCUCAAAAAGUGGAAGCUCCUAUUGCUAUAAUCACUGGAGCUUCUAGAGGAAUUGGAAAAGCGAUAGCAUUAGCCUUGGGCAAAGCUGGUUGCAAGGUCCUUGUAAAUUAUGCCAGGUCAGCAAAGGAAGCUGAAGAAGUCUCGCAAGAAAUUGAGGCAUCUGGCGGUCAAGCCAUUGCAUUUGGGGGAGAUGUUUCAAAAGAAGCUGAUGUGGAAUCUAUGAUCAAAACAGCAGUGAAUGCAUGGGGAACAGUUGACAUUUUGGUGAACAAUGCAGGAAUUACGCGAGAUACAUUAUUGAUGAGAAUGAAGAAAUCACAAUGGCAGGAAGUAAUAGACCUGAAUUUAACUGGUGUCUUUCUUUGUACACAGGCUGCAGCCAAACUUAUGAUGAAGAAGAAAAAGGGAAAGAUCAUCAACAUAGCAUCUGUUGUUGGUCUUACUGGCAACAUGGGUCAAGCUAAUUACAGUGCUGCAAAGGCAGGGGUGAUCGGUUUUACCAAAACUGUAGCAAGGGAAUAUGCAAGCAGAAAUAUCAAUGUGAAUGCUGUUGCCCCUGGGUUCAUUGCAUCUGAUAUGACUGCCAAACUUGGAGAAGACAUUGAGAAGAAAAUCUUGCAGACCAUCCCACUGGGGAGAUAUGGCCAACCAGAAGAAGUCGCUGGCUUGGUGGAGUUCUUGGCCCUGAAUCCUGCAGCAAAUUACAUAACUGGGCAGGUUUUUACCAUUGAUGGUGGGAUGGUGAUGUAAGAUUGAGUGGAAGUUUGUUGAUAUAGUUUUCCCGUGUUUUUAAGCCUUCACUUGUUAGUUCAACGCUUUCCCACUCUUAUUAGGUGAUUAUGGAUAUGUUAGUACUGUGCUCUGGCUCUUUUCUGGUCAGCCUCUUUUUUUUCCUCCUGUGUUUUGAGCCUCCAUUCAGUAGUUGAGAGCUCUUGUUAAGUGAUUUAGUGACAAGAAUAAGAAAAUGCAAUCUCAUUUUUGCUGUUGGGAAUACUUUCCUUCAACUGAUCCAUGUUUCAAUGGGUCGAAUUUUAGUGAUAAGAACAAGAAAAUGCAAUUUUAUUUUGCUGUUUCAGGA